UUUUGUCUAGCUGCGUGAAAAAUAAGUCACUCGACUAUACCACUAUAUAAAUAAAUAACGUAGUUUCUACAAAAUAAUUUAAUUUCCGAAUUACUUCCCUUAUCUCGUGUUAGGGUUUAUUCUUGUUUUAGGGUUUUAAUUAAAAUUUCCACAAAUUAAGUUGAGGGAAUUAAAGAUGAUGAGAUUAAACAAGAAGAAGAAUAGUAGUUUCAGAGUAGAAGGUAGCUUAUUCGAAAUUGAUGCUAAGUACGAACCAAUUGAUUAUAUUGGUAAAGGAAGUUACGGCAUUGUUUGUUCUUGUAUCAACAAGGAUAAUAACCAGAAGGUCGCUAUAAAGAAGACAAUUGAUGUAUUUUCGAGUCAAGAAGAUGCAUUGAGGAAUUUAAGGGAACUUAUUAUAUUAAGGAAUAUUCGUCAUCAUAAUGUUGUUCAAUUGAAAGAUGUUAUGAUUACUUCUUCUAAGUCUACUUUUAAGGAAGUUUAUGCUGUUUAUGAAUUUAUGGAUUCUGAUCUUCACCGAAUUAUUCAGUCUCCUCAACCUCUUUCUCCUUAUCACUGCCAGUAUUUUAUGUUUCAGUUGUUGGAAGGGCUCAAGUAUCUCCAUUCAACGAACAUAAUUCACCGUGAUCUAAAACCAGCAAACCUUCUCAUUAACGCAAACUGCGACAUGAAAAUAUGUGAUUUCGGUCUAGCAAGAACAACUCGAGGCGAUCAUAGUGGUGAAUUUAUGACAGAGUAUGUAGUAACACGUUGGUACCGAGCACCAGAACUACUCGUAUGCAGCAACAGUUAUGACAAAUCCAUUGAUGUUUGGUCAGUUGGUUGUAUCUUUGCUGAAAUACUAUUACGCAGACCCUUAUUUCCAGGUCAAAAUCCCCUCGAUCAACUCAAACGUGUCAUUGACUUUCUUGGAACCCCUACUGAAUCUGAUCUUGAUUUCAUUAACAACUCAAAAGCAAUCAAGUUCAUCAAAGGACUUCCUUAUGCAAAAGGGGUUUGUUGGAAGGCUAUGUUUCCUGGUGUUGAUUCUUUAGCCUUGGAUCUGUUACAAAGAAUGCUUGUUUUUAAUCCGAGGAAGAGGAUUACUAUUGCUGAAGCACUUCAACAUCCAUAUAUGUCUGAUUUGUAUGAGCCUGAAGAAUGUCCAAGAUCUCAGACGACGCUUGAUGUUGAUAUUGAUGCUUACGUUGGGGAGACAAAGCUUAGAGAUAUGUUUUGGAGAGAGAUGUCAUUUUAUAAUUAAAUAACGUAAUUAACUCCAGUUCAAUUGUUUUGUGUAUUAAAUUAACAAGUUCUGUAUUUGUUAAUUAUCUGUGAGCAAGAAUGUAGCUUCAGAAUUCAGAUAAAAGGAUGUAUAUUGACUCCCACGAGUUACUUUUAACUUUCAAGUAUAUAUUUGAUAAACAUUCUACAAUGUAUAUAUCUGUACUUAUAG